CACUGGAUAACAGUCUCGGUAUCUUUGACCAUGUUGCGUGACGUGCUGCUGAAGUUUGAUCUAAGGUUGAGAUAAUGAGAAGCACCGGAAAUGAGUCUGAAACGAGGGGUGGAUGGGACUCGAGAAUGUAUGACGACAUGGACUCUGGCACAGCAGCUGGAUGCGGAUGGAAUCACGUGCCGUGCGGCUUGCCGGAGGAGCAGGAGCAUUGGGAAUCGGAAGCGCGGAAAGAUGCAGGAGGGGCUGGGAUGCUGGAAGAGCCGCCAAGAAAGAGCCAAUUAGCUCGAGUCGAAUUGUCGUGGGAACCCGAAAUUUGAGAGGGCUCGAGCUAGUUAUUUACAAGUAUUGGGAUGAAGUCAGUUGGCCAUGUUUAAAGUUAGCGGGCCCUAAGAGGCAGCUCCCGUCCAAGGACCCUAGCUUCGUCACCCUAGCUCUGGUCACCCGCGGUCGAUCUCUCAAACCAGCACAUGGGGAAUUUAGACGCAAGCGGGCAACGAGGAGGCUGGAGUCGGGGGGAGUCGAGCAGGCGGACGUGGCGGAACGGGCUCGUCGCGGGUCGCGUAGGUAGGACGAGCGCAGCUGGGCUGGGGUUGCAGCAGACAGGCGUUUCAAGUGGCAGCAAGGCAGGUUUAUGGCCAACACCAUCCUCCAUUCAGACGGCGCAGAGCGAUCCUCGGGUGGCGAGUUUGGUCGGGACUGUUGCGUUGGCACGCUGAGAAGUCCAGCUGCGGACAUGGGGGUGCGAAUAGCUCAUCCUGAUACCGACGAGGACUCCUUAAAAUUAAA